UUCGUCCUCGGAUUGGCUGUGAGAGUCAUCUACUCAUUGGGCCUGCGCAGUGUAAGACUGACGGCGAGGAGGGGGUUGGCGGGCAAGAUGGCUGCUCCUGCGGCCGGUGUGGGCCGGCUAGAGGAAGAAGCGUUGCGGCGAAAGGAACGGCUGAAGGCCCUACGGGAGAAAACCGGGCGCAAGGACAAGGAAGAUGCGGAGCCAAAGACCAAGCAGCUUAGAGAAGGGGAGGAGGAGGGCGAGAAGCACAGGGAACUCAGGCUGCGCAACUACGUCCCCGAGGAUGAGGACCUGAAGAGGAGGAGGGUGCCCCAGGCCAAGCCCGUGGCAGUGGAAGAGAAGGUGAGGGAGCAGCUGGAGGCCGCCAAGCCCGAGCCAGUCAUUGAGGAAGUGGACCUGGCCAACCUCGCACCCCGAAAGCCUGACUGGGACCUCAAGAGAGACGUAGCCAAGAAGCUGGAGAAGCUGGAAAAGCGGACGCAGAGAGCCAUCGCCGAGCUGAUCCGUGAGAGGCUGAAAGGCCAGGAGGACAGCCUGGCCUCUGCAGUGGACGCCACCAACGAACAAGAGGCCUGCGACUCCGACUGAGCCUGCCCGUGGGAGGAAGGUCCUGGACAGGGUGGGGCUGAGCUGGCCAUCACUUCCCUUUCGCCUUCAGAGCAGUGGCUCCCCACCCCGUCAGGGGGAGCCCGCCAUGGGGAGUCAGCUCCUUGUCUCCCCGAGUGGUCCCACCACCCUGAGUGGGGGCAGAGCCAGCAGCGGCUCUGUGGGCCUGCGCACGUAUGUAUGCAUGUCUAUAUUGUGGACUUACUUUUUCUGUAAAUAGAAUUAAGCAGACCCUGUGUGUGGCAGAAAUCUAUCCAAUAUUGCCUGGGUUCUUUGGGGUGCUUGGGUUUGGGUCCCAGACAGGGUGUGUAGGGGUGAUGCUUGAUUGACAAAGCCCUGUGUGGGGCUGAGCAUGUGGGCUGACCUUCCGGGCUUAGUCCUUGGGCAGCGGUGAUCUCAGAACCCUAGAGGGACAGAGGCCUGAGAGAGUCCUGAGACCUGUAGGGCCAGGCCUGCACUGUUCCAAGAGGCUCCCCCUGCUCUGUGGGCCCCUCGCAGUGGGAGAGGGGAGGAGCUUGGGCCCGUGCAGGGGUCAGCUUGGACACAUUGCCACCACGACUGAAAUUGAGAUUCCGUGGAAAAGGAACAGAGAAAGGAUGAUGGGAGGGCAGCCAGCAGGGCCUGCCACAGGCGGCAGGAAGAAGUGGUGAGCAAAGAUUGGCAGACAUUGCAAAAAUCAACAUUGACCUAGCAAGACAGAGAUAACAAAAAAGACACACAAAUUAAUGUAAAUAUUAGGAGUGAAAUAAGGUGAUCACUAUGGAUUCCCCAGACAAAAGGACAGUAAGGGGGUGUUGUAAGUAAAUGCCCACGUGAAUUUGACAGGUUGAUGAAAUGAGCUAAUUCCUUGAAAAGCACAGACUACCACAGUUCACUCCAGAUGAAGGAGAUCAUUUGCAUAGCUCUGUAACUAUUAAAGACCCUGAAUUCAUAAUUAAAACCCCUGAAAAAUCUC